UCGCAGAUGUUAAGAAUGUGCGUGCGAGUGACAUGUUCUUUGAUUGAGCCUUUUCAACAGUUUCUGACACCGAAAUUCAGCCAAAAGUUGACCCUCUUCGCAUGAAUAAUGAGAAAGAAUAAUACGUUCCUCAAAUUAACACAACAACAAUUGAAAACCUCCUACACACCCUUCUCCUCUCAUGCUUCCUUUCCUGUGAUUUCCUAAACACCAUCCAUUUCUCUGAUUGAUGCAAUCGCCAACCAGAUCAGUGAUUCACCCAAUUUAUAAAAUCCUUCAAAGUUCUCUUUUUUGGAUUUCUUGCUGGUUUUGCUGGUGGCCCAGUUGGGAUUUCAAGAUGGUUCUGUGAUUUAACAAGUGCCCUCUUGAGUAUGGAUUUGUUUUUGGCUUGUGGCUUGUGGCUGUUCUAGAAAGAUUCCUUUAAUACUACUCCAGUGAGAUACUUUGAUUUAAUCCCCUUUGUUCAUGGUUGAAAAGUGAAAACUCAAUUGAAGUGAUUCACUGGACUAUUUCAUUCUCUUGGUCUGAGGUUGAAGCUAUUUGAUUUCUGAUUACACAAGUUUCUUAAUCUCGGAGUAUGGCUGGGAGCCAAGAUCAGUUAGAAAUCAAGUUUCGGUUGAGUGAUGGUACGGAUAUUGGCCCCAAAAGUUAUGCUGCUGCUACUAGUAUUGCAACACUGAAAGAAAGUAUUCUUGCUCAAUGGCCAAAAGAUAAUGAGUAUGGUCCAAGAACUGUAAAAGAUAUGAAGUUAAUUAGUGCCGGACAAAUAUUAGAGAACAACAGAACAGUGGGAGAAUGUCAGAGUCCAUUGUGUGAUCUCCCUGGUGGAGUUACAACAAUGCACGUGGUUGUGCAACCACCUUCUGUGGAGAAAGAUAAGAAAGUAGCAAGCGAAGCAAAGAUGAGCAAAUGUGUUUGUGUGAUAUUGUAGUGUCCGGAUUGAAUUGAAGAUGUCAUCUUUUUAGAUGGUAGAAAGCUACACUUGUAUUCAUUUUAAAAGUAAUCUAAGGCUUUUAAAAGAUUUGCUCAUAUACAAACUCUUUGGUUGCAUGCCUCAUCAUGAGUACAACAGGUAAAGAGUUUUUGGGUUGUGAAGACAGUUUUUCUUGGUUUCUCUUUUUUCAUAGAUCUUUUUUGUUCUGGUCUCUGCAUCUAGUUGUUGCCUCAUUGUCCAAUUGGUAUAAAUGCCGAUUGAGACGAACUCUAAAAUUAUACUCCUGCUUCAGCUUGAUGGCUGAUGCAAAAUGCUUCUAGAGAUGAACCUGUUGAAAUAUGAAAAUGUGCUUUAAUUUACUUAAUGUCUCUUUAUGUGGUACUGUAAAUAGUCUCAAAAGUCAAACGAGUCCUAUUAUGAUAACUUGUAAUAGUGUCUCACUUUAGUAGAUCACCCCAUAAAAAAUUUAUGUCUAUACAUAGCCCUAAUAUUCUUUAUAUUAAACUUGGGAAAAAAAUUAGAUGAGAUCAUGUACUACUAAUAUGUAUUUUUGUUUAUACAUGAGUGUAGAUGGAAUAAAAUAAACCAUCCUAGUAACCGACUGCAGACAAAAUAAACUCAAUUUAUCAAUCUCAGACAAAAGUAUAAAAUAAAUAUACAUAGCUGGACUCUAGAAUGGCUUGGAACUUGGGUGUUAAUUAGUAUAAUCCAUCAGGCUGGCUACCAUUACAAAUUUUGGGGACAAAACAAAAUUCACAGGCUUCAAGGGCUACUUCAUCAUCUGUGUCCUUGUUGACUUGUGACAUGUAUUCAGAUCUGUUUGAAUAUAAGUUAGAUAUAUUUUUAACAAUUUUUUUAAUGAGAAAAACUCCUUAUUUUCAAUAGAAAAUAUUUUAAAAAACACUUUUAAAUUUGUAUCCAAAGAGAUUCUGAGUUACAUUUGUUACAUGUGGUUCCAAGAAUGAUGGACAAACUUCAAUUAGUUGGACAAAUGCCGCGCUUCAGCAGAAAAGAGUGUAAGAUGAGAGAUGUUUCGGGGAAAAGAGAAAAAAAUAACCAAAAAGAAAUUAGAAGAGAUCAAGUAGUUAAGGUGAAAGAAAAAAAA